AUGUCCGCUCACCCUCCAACAUCGGCAAACACUCCGCUCAGCCGUACAGAUGCAGCCAAAGUCGCGGACUCUCUUGCGUCAAAGGCCCGCCUGUACGAGCCUCUCUCUGCUGAUACGGACUUCUCCACCACGGAAGACGAGGUCUUUCGAAGCCAGGUCAACGACAUCUAUGCGCUACCCGUAGAUUCGCGUGAUGCUAUCUACCUCGCCUUCUCCGCCAAACACCUUCCGGCUCUCGCCACGGCCCUACGUAGCCUGCACCACACCACGCAACCGCUUGCGCUCUCCUCUUGCGUUCUCUUGCUCUGUCAUCUUCCGGCUGUGGAUCGCGGCAACGUAUAUUUGCGAACCUUCCUCACCAGCGAUUCAGCACGGGGCAUCGGGACGAUCGUCGCGCGCGCUUGGUGUGACGGGCUCGCCCCGAACAAAGAGCAUCCACUCGGUCCCGGAACCCUCAGCGCCUUUCUGAUCGCCGCGCUCUUCUGGUCUCCACCCGCAUGGGGAGACGAUGACACCGCCAGUAUCGACAAAGCCGAGCGUGCGCGCAUGACUGAGAAGCUGUCGGCCAUCAUCGCGGAGCUGCCCGCGGAGAUCCCAGGUGGGAUGAAGCCUGGCGUUGGGCCUCCGCCCCCGGAACGCUUCGUAUGGCUGGACACCAAACGACUAGAACGGAUUCUUCAGGGUAUAGACCACGUACCGGAGUUUAUCGCGUCGUCGCAGGAGCAGCUCAAGAUGAAGGCGAUGGACGAGACACUGUUAUGCGCCGUGUGCUUGGAGGGAGAUGACGAUGGCAAAGAAGUGACGCGGUGCUCACGUUGUAAGCAUACGGUGUACUGCAGCGCGCAGUGCCAGAAGAAGGACUGGAAGACGCAUAAGUUGCGAUGCUUCACCCCGCCUCCACAGUAA